GGAUUAAAGCUGUUUCAAAUCUCAGACCACAAGGUGGCAUUGUAAGAUUUGAAGUGAUGGAAAAACAAUUUUAGCAACUUGCCAUAAAUAAAUGUGUUAUUUCUUGUGAAAAGACGCUUAAAUGAACCAUGAAUGACAAUUUGAGGUUUUUGUCAGAUUUGAGCAAUUCAGCAAGGUUUUAUUUCAGGUUGUGACCCAAAAUUUCUUAUAUCUCUGUUUAGACGAAAACUUCAUCCAGAUGGCAAUUUUCAGUAAAUGCAACUCAAAGUCUUAUUACAGGUGAUAUAAUGACAAAUAGUGAAAGCAAAGAGAGGCUUUACACAAUCAAAUACAAAGAAAAAUGAAAUAAAACCUGGAGAGAAAUGCAAAUAUUUCUACAUCAUGAAAGAGGAAAGAAUAGAACAAAACAGGAUCAAAUAGAUAAUCAUGUAAGAUAUUGCCAGAGAAGGUCGCGGAGGUCCUCGCUCAGCCCUGAUGCAGGGUUCCCUCUGCAGCCCUGUGUCACUGUGGCUGCAGCGGGUGGACCCCGCUGAAAAGCCUCAGGCCGCUUCCUCAUGACAUCACAUGGUUGCAGAAUGACUGGUCCAACAUUCGUCUGAGAGGCAAGACUUCCUAAACAUAGAGCGCGGCCACAGCUCUGUUGAUACUGAGGGCGGAAAAAGACUCCUGUUUCUUCUGCUCGACAUCAGCAGAAGGAGCCUGAAACCACUUCAUGUGUAUUCAUGAGCCACAAAGUUGUCGGAGUCCUCAACGUCUGAUGCUCCUGCCUCUGUUGUCAUGGCAACUGUGAGGGCCGCAGGGGACCGGAUGCAGGUCCAGUGAGGAGGAUUUCACUCAGGACUGCCUCUGAAGUGCACGAUACUGACCACACACAGCCGAGCUCGAGGGUUUGUGAGGGAAAAAAAAAACAAAACAAAACAAAAAGACGUCGUCGCAGACAUGGAGGAAGAGCAGGAGGUCAGGGUGAACGGCUUCGGAGGCAGGAGGGGCUCGGACUGGGGUCGCAUCACCCUGCUGGACAAGACCAAGGAGUUCUUCCAGACCUGUGACGUGGAGGGCAAAGGCUUCAUCACUCGCACAGACAUGAGGAGGCUCCACAGAGAGCUGCCUCUGUCUGCUGAGGAGCUGGAGGAUGUAUUCGACUCCCUGGAUGCGGACCACACUGGUUACCUCACUCUGGAGGCAUUUUCAUCAGGAUUCAGUCAGUUCCUGCGCGGUCGGAGAAUCUCUGUGGCCGAUGAUCAAUACCCGGCACCCGGCCCCAUCCAUCGAGCGAAGGAGGCUUUCUACCAGAGCCAAUGGGAAGCCAAGCUGUCUGCAGUUGAGGAUGAGGAGGAGAGGCACUUCUGUAUGCUGCUGGAAAGCCUGGGAGCCAGUAAUGUGUUUGAAGAUCCAGGGGAGGUGCGCAGUCUUUGGGCCCAGCUCAGGCGAGACGAGCCUCACCUCUUGUCCAAUUUCGAGGAGUUUCUCGCCAGAGUCACCCACCAGAUUAAAGAAGCCCAUCAGGAAAAGAGAGAGAUGGAGAGUGCACUCCAGAGGAAGGCUGCAACACACGACAGCGAGAUCCGCCAUUUAUAUGAAGAAAUGGAGGCACAGAUCAAAAAUGAGAAAGACAGGCUGUUACUGAAGGACUCCGAGCGCCUUCAGCUGCGCAGCCAGGACCUGGAGCACCAGCUGUUUUCAAAGGAAAGAGAGCUGGAUCAGCUUUUCCAGAAGCAGAAACGGCUGGAGCUGCAGUGCCGAGACCUGAACAGCGAGAAGCAGGAGAGCCACGUGGAGAACGUCAAGCUGAAAAUGACCAACGACGAGCUUUCCCGGGCGCUGGAGAGCACGAGCCAGGAGCUGACGCUGGCCCAGGAGCAGCUGGCCAUGCUGCAGGAGCAGGCCGCCCGGCUGCACCAGGAAAAAGAGAUGGAAAUGUACAGAGUGACUGAGGGACUGCAGAGGGAAAAGCAAAGCCUCAUGAAGCAGCUUGACCUGCUCAGAGAGAUGAACAAACAUCUGAAAGAUGAGCGAGACAUAUGCUGCGGCGUUCCUCGAACCUCACUCAGAAAGAAGCAGAAGCAGAGAGCCGGCCUCGCCGACUUAUUUGACGACACCAGCCAAAUGCCAAAAAGAGCCCCACUGUUGGUGGAUGGGUCGUACCAGUCUCUGGAGGCCUUGCCUAUAGAGCACCUUCAAAUCGUGUUUGUUGCUUCCUCCUCCUGUAGUGAGGAUGAAGCCACUACCAACAGUGCUCCCUCCGCCAUGAUCACAAGCCCCGCGUGUCAACAGCGCCCUUCGGCGAGGAAGACCUCAGGCCUAGCCAACGGCUACGCCAACAGCGCUCAGCCCAAAGUGCCGGAUGUGAAGGCGAAGGCCAAAAAGACGUCCAGCAAAAUGGCCGCUAACAAGCGGUUGAUGGGAAAAAGCAGAGAGCGGUCGAGGAAGGUGGGAAUCGAAAGGAAAGCAGGGGUGGACGAUGAGGUCUUGGAUGCCCCGCCGGAUGGCUGGCCCCUCCGUCGAGUCAUCUCCAUCGAGGAGGACCACCUGCCCCACCUGCUCCAAGGUGGACCCCAGCUUCUGCUGCACCAGCUCAGUGAGGAGGAAGACGAGGAGGAGGAGGACGAGGAAGAAACAGAAGCACCGAGCGACGUUGAAUCUAGCGUCGUUAUGGGGACAGACCUCUCUGCCACGCCGCCGUCCAGUCACAAACUGCUAUCAACAGACGCUUCUCCGACAAAGAAAUCCUGUUUCACCCGCAUGAAGAAGACGCCAGUGUCUGCAAGAGGACAGCCUGUUGGAAAGGAGACCCAGCAAAAAGCACAAGAAGGAGCACUGUUAGCUCCGGAUCGUCUGUUUAAGGUAGUCCUGGUUGGGAACUCCAGCGUCGGAAAGACAUCACUGCUGCGCUCCUUCUGUGAGGGCCGUUUCCUCCCUUCCACAACCGCUACUGUGGGUAUCGACUACAGUGUGAAGACGUUAACUCUGGAUAACAUGCAAGUAGCUAUGCAGCUUUGGGACACAGCCGGUCAAGAGAGGUACCGGAGCAUAACCAAGCAGUUCUUUCGAAAGGCAGACGGCGUGGUGGUGAUGUACGACGUCACAGUGGUCGAGAGCUUCAAGGCCGUGCGGCCGUGGCUCGCCAAUGUCCAGGAAGCAGCAGGGGAGGGGAUCCCUAUUCUUCUGCUGGGAAACAAAAUGGACAUGGAUGAAGCCAGGGAGGUGUCAUUUAAAGAGGCAGAGCAACUUGCUUAUGAAAACAGGGUGAUGUUCUUUGAGGUCAGCGCCUACACAGGCAGGAAUGUGACAGAGUCCCUGACGCAUCUGGCCAGAGUGUUAAUGGAGCAGGAGGACCAUGUGAGAGACACAACAGUCAUCCUCAGUGCUCAGCCGGUGAAGAAGAAAGCCUGCUGCAAGUGAACCAACGCUCGCAUUAUUGGCGAUACCAUUCGGCAUACUCAAUUUACUGAGUUCUGGAUUACUUCUGGACAGUCAACAUACAUAUUUGACGGUGAAAACAAAACAUCUGCUGGAGGUGACGCGAACCUGCAGUAUGAAUAAGUGAAGCUCAAAAGAGCAGUUAAAACAAGGAACUGCUCCAUUUCCUGUAAAUAACAUUGUCGUGCCUUAUCCAUGUUGCGCUGUCGAUAUGAUCUUCAGUAGGAAAAUCCACGGUAUUAUUGUUAGUCCGCAGGAAAUUCAGAUAGUGCUGUAACUUUUUUCUAAAUGCAGACUUGCACGUCUUAAACCAGGAGUGUCAAACACAUUUUAAUUUAAGGGCCACGUACACUCCAAAUUCACCUCGAGUGGGCCAUAUCGAUAAAAUUGAGUCAUAAUGACCUUUAAAUUUAAAGCUUUGCACUAUGGGUGUUUUUAAAAAUUCAUCCUGACAGCAUGGCUUUUGAAGCUAAUGCUCAUCACUGAUAUCUCAGUUCGAGUCUCAGUGUUGUGUUGUGUCCACUACACUUAAAAAAUAUAUAUCUUUGAAAUUUUUACAAUUGGCUUCAUGGCUUGGCGGGCCUUUUUGCAGCCUCUUGUGGGCCAGUUUUGACCCACAGGCCUUAUGUUUGACACCCCUGUCUUAAACAGUCUCUGCAUUUGUCUGUGGAAGAUUAUACUAUGUAGGAAAAAUUGACUGAAAAUAAUGUAGCAAAAGUGUAACUUGAUUCUCUGACAUUUUAUUCAUCAUCACAUACAUUUUUCAUACUCUAUGUUCGUCCGUGCUCCAAACCAACAUGGCGUAUUGCAUUUGUUUGUUACUCUUUAGCGAUGUUGUUCUGUUUUAUUCUUGCACCAAAGUCCAAUUGUUCUGAAUUAUCAUCAAUUGAACAAAUAAACAAAUUACAGUUCACUUGUUUUUUUUUUUUCCUGAAAUCACUUAACUCAAACAGUUUUACA